ACAGCCGCGUGCUACAGAAGUAAAUCUGAGCUUAUUUUCAUGCCUCACAUUGUGUGCUUUUGUUGGAUUUUUCGCAACUGUGAAAAAUGAACCAUAAAAAAGGAUUUUAGAAAAAAAGCAAAAUAUGGGAAACAUUUGCAUAACUUUAUACUUUAUUGCAUGUAUCCUCACAUGAAUCCCUUUCCCCCCAAUGGAGGGUGAUGCUGAUGUGAUACGUGUCACUCAGUGAUGUAAACAGGCACCUCUAGAGGGAUCAGGAGGUUUUAAACACACCGGACUAUGGCCAAACCUAUCGUAUAAGAAGAUGAGAAGGUAACUGCUGAAAUUUUGCUCAUUGAAGAUAUGCUUCAUAAAGGCAUCUUCAGGUUUGCUGCGGCUCUCAGCUAAAACAUGCAGAAUCUGACUGACCUUCCUUUCAAUGCAACUCCUCCAAGUAGUCUGUCUGUUAUCAUCAAGGCAGUUCAUGGAGACUUCCCGUUAUGUCCUGUUUGCUCACAUGCUGAUCAAUGACACCCUGCAGAUCCUGUCCUCUGUGCUGCUCUUCCUCUGUGUCAUGGCUCAAGUGAAAUUUGCUGUGGUGCUCUGUGUCCCUCUGCUUGUUAUAUCCACUGCCACUUUCCAGAACACCACCUUGAUCCUGGCUGCAAUGUCGCUGGAGCGUUACGUUGCCAUCUUCUACCCCUUGCAGCGCCCGGCCGCUUGGCGUUCAGAACGUAUCUGGAUAAUGGUCGUGUCCCUGUGGUUUAUCAGCUUCGUCUUUCCCAUCAUUGAGUUUGCCUUGAAGAGCGGAAACCCCGCCGUGUUGGGCCUCACAACCCCAGUGCUGUGCAAAGCCACUACCAUCAACUCAUCGCUCAUCCAGACGCUGUUCAGAGCCGCCGUGAGUGUGCUCUUCUUUGCAGUGGUGGCCUUCAUCAUCCUCUUCACCUAUGUGAGAAUUCUGCUGGAGACGAGGAAGCUGAGGCAGGACCGGCUCUCUGUGAGGAGAGCCAUGCACACUGUGCUCCUGCAUGGCUUUCAGCUGCUGCUCUGCAUUCUGGCUUUCACUAGCCCCAUCACAGAGAGCCUCGUAGUGCUGCACACAGUCUGGACGAGGGAGGACAUUGCCUUUUUCAACUACUUCUGCUUUAUUCUGGUCCCACGUUUCCUCAGCCCGCUCAUCUAUGGCUUCAGGGAUCAGGUUCUCAGGAGCCACAUGGUGAAAAACUUCCUCUUCUGCUCCAAAAACAUCAAACCCUUCUUCAAGCAUUGAUUUGAUUUUUACACAAAGCAAUAGCAGUUCUUAUAAAAACUAUUUUUACCGAGUUUGUUUGUGUGAACAAAAUCAUUUUCAUCAUAAGAUGGGUGCCUCUUAGAGAACAGUUUUUAUGAAGAUUUGUGACAUGAGAGACUCAAGAAUGACAGCAGGAGAUCCAAGAAUUCAAUUUUAAUCAGACCAAUAUAUCAAUUUGUGUAUAUAAUUAUGCAGUAGAAAUACUUUUUUUAUUGUAAUAUUGUAUUAGUAUGAUGCAGGCAUGAAAUUAUAUACUGGAUUAAACAGAUCUCAGUUGUGUUUUGGUACUUCAAAAAUAAAAAGAUUUAGUUCCAGAAAGUAUCUUGUCACCUGAAAUUACUUAAAAAGGUAUUUAAGAGAAAAAAAAACAUUUUAAGCUUUGUCAGUUUAAAGUAACCAAAAAAAAACCCUAACUUGCACCAAGCUAAAAUGUCCAAAAAUGAAGAAUUGGCUCAUUUUAGCCUCUAGACAGAUUUUAAAAAUUGAUUUAAACCUUCUGUGAUGUCAGUGACGUUUUUUUGACCUGUUCAGCAUUUUCCAGUCUGUCAACCAUCAACCAGACUGCAGACCCGUUUCAGCAACACUGACAAACAUUACUCAGUGGUGUAAAUGACUAUUAGGUGAACCUAAAGGCAGCUCCCUGGCUCAUUUCUGUCUGGAUGUGCAGCUUUUGCUGAAAGGUGAUCUGAAUGAUUUAGGUAAUACGUCAAUAUAAAAAUUCAGAAUUGAUUACAUAAAGAUGUCUUUGCUGAAAAUGACUAUGGAUAGAAGUGGCUACUGGUGGUUAUUUGAAAGCAUGCUUUACUGUGAUGGUGCUUGUUAAACUGCAGGUCUUCAUUGUUUAUGGAUGGAGGCUAUUUUUCAUCAUUUAAAUGAAACUGUUAUUCUAAACACCAGUACAAUGCUUUUCCCCCCCCCCACUUUGUUAGUUCAAUGUAAUUAUUACAAUCAUUGUACUAAAAAAAAGUAAUUUUAGCUGUUUUAUACAAUUUUAUCGUAUCUACAUCAGACGUUCUGCAAAAGCUUUUAGAAGGAUUUAAAUGGGGACAUAAAAAAACAACAAUAUGGUAUCCUACUACAUUGAUUUAAUUUAUUUUUUACAAUGAUUUCAGCUUUAUGACUCUCACCCAGAGUUUAGCUAAGUCGUUGAGAAAAAAAUUCAAGCAUAUUUUUAAAAAUUCCCUUACAAAUCACAUGUAACUACCUCUUUGCAAAAGAAGUUUUCAAAAUAAAAUAUAUUCUAGUCUGCGUCAUUCUGUGUGGAAAUUCAUAGCUGAAGGAGCCUUACUAAAAAAGAGCAUAACGUUGUUGUCACGUCUGAUUGAACUGCGACGCACUCCCUCACUUUUUCCAUUGUGUUUACAUAUUAACGAAGAAGACAAAGAGAACUGCAGCACCCUCAUCUGGCAAUAGACUGUAACUGCAGCACCAGAAACAGUCUCAGGCGAAUGAAGCUUUCAGAUUUUAAAUGGAUCAAUUUAUUAAAAAGAGUCCUUAGCUAUAGUUUGGUAUAAUUUCAUUGUUUGUUUUUUUGUGCUUUAACUCUACAGCCUUCAAUUGAAAUUGCCAAUAAUACACUUUAAACCGACUCAAUAAAUAUUAUUGCAUUAAAUGUAUUAAAAUCUGAAA